UCGCAAGAAAGGCAAAAUUACUGAAGCGCCAAAAUAGGCAUAUUGAGUUAUAUAGAUAUUCGGAAUCAGCGUUUUUUUCUGCGUCGAUCAGUCUGGGUUCCACGGAGAUACGAGCACUAUUUUGGCGUUUCAGUAAAUGGAAAAAAGGGGAGUUUUCAUCAGACAGAGUCCUUAAGCGACACUUUUUUGGCAUUUUAUUCGUGCCUGUCACUUAUGUAAUUUUGUUUUCCUGCAAUAAAUUACAAGUAAAUUUUAAGUAAAUUUGGCAUCCGGCAAUUUAAAAGCUAAUAGUUUAUAAGCAUUUUUGGACUACUCGAUACAAACAUAAAAGUUGGUAUAAGUAAUUUUGAAUUGAAGUAUUUAUAAUAAGUAAGGCUUGUAAGAAAAUUAGUCUUUCGAUUUUUAUGCCGGAAAUGGCGUAUAAGUAAUUUUGCCUUACUGUUAUUGAGCAAGUUUUUGACUUUCAGUAUCUUUACUAUGAAGUAAUAUUUUAGCAAAAGUAAUAGAAGUAAAAUUGAAAGCUGGUCAAUACGUCAUUUACGUCGCUAAAGUAAAAAAUAUGGAGCUGCAAUACUGCAAAACCUGAUUAUAACCCGCGCGUACGCCGCGUAUCAGUCAGUCUGCUCGACAGAGCCACUGAGAGUAGGUACACGUGUGUCGGUAUUUGUUGCCGCUCAAAUAGAUCGAGAAAAUAAGGGAAUAUUGGUGAUAAAUGAUAAUAAUGCAAUAACGGACUCCUCAAUCGCUCAUAAUGGAAAGUAAGAAACAGAGUUUUUACAAAAGGUACGCAGCAAGACUGAAGGAUGAACAGGAACCUGUAGCUGGAACAUCAAAUACACCACUGAUGGAAACAGUCUCAAAGCCAGCAGUAGUUAAAAGACUGAUAUUUAAAACACCUAAAAAAGAAACACAGAAGUACAAAUCAAAAAACUUGAACAAGAAGCUAUUGAUAUCAAAACCAGUUGUUAUGCGCAGUGAAAAUACAGAAGCUGAAUCACCAUCCAUUGAUUUAACAGUUUGCGAUUUGACAGAUGACAUAAGAGAACCAUACCAGGAACAAAAUCUUACAGAAAAAGUAAUACAAAAAGAAUUAGACAUUUUCAGAGAAAUUGAACGACAACACGAAAUUGAGGAGGCUUGUGAACAAAUCCGACGAGAACACUUUGAAGAGAUGAACACAGGAUCAAAAUUUGUACAAAUUGAAUCUAAACAACUUGAACUGACAGACAGUAAAAUUAUAAUGGAAGAUUACAACACUGAAACACCUGAGAUAGUACCAGACAGCAUACUGAAGCGAUGUGAUAGCAAGCAGUUUUUUGAGACAGAAGAAAGCAAAGGAGAAAUUGUAAAAUUUACUAAUGAAAAUAUAGAAUCUGAAAAUGAUGCUACCGAUGGCAUAUUGUUAUGUCUUCGAAACAACAUGGAGCACAACAAUGACAUAGAUUUUAAAUACAUGAAAGAUUUCAAAGAAAUAGAUAUUAAUUUACAGGAAAAUGAAAAAGUAUCCGCUGAAAUUAAUUUUACUAACAUAGGAAUGAAUAUACAGGAAGACCAAAAAAGCUAUGAAGGAGAGAUUUGUAAUGAUAAGAAAAUACCUGAAAUAAAUGAAUCGGUGCAAAAUGAAUCGCAUAUAAGCAAAAACGUCAAUUUGGGUAGUAAGAUAAGUGGAGAUGAAAAAGAAGAGAUAAGAACUGACAAUGAUAAAGGUAACCAAGAGAAGCAUGAAAAUGUUACAAAAAAUGAUCGUGAUGAUUACAUAAAAAUUAAGCGGUUGAGACAACAAACAAGAGAGAAGUACGUAGACUUUUUGUCAGAUAAUGAAGAUUUUGCUAAUCAGAGGAGGCAGCCCAGCUCAAGCCCAUCUCAAUGCCAGACUAAUAAUUUACGUAAGAUUAUUUAUUAAAAAAAAGAUAGGAAUUUUCAUAAUCAUAAGCAAUUAAGACUUUACUCUUACACAUUAGUAAUGGAGUAUACGUUAUUAUUUAUGGUUCAAGUAACUUUAAUUUUCGGCACUACAGUAUUUAUGUAUUGUGUAUUAACUGAAGUUAUAAGUAGUUAAAGGUGUGAUUAGAUAAAAUAAAUUAUCC